AUGUUCUCCAAGACCCUCCUCUCCACCGUCGUUAUUGCACUGGCUGCAGUUUCGACCGCUGAGCCCAUCCCCGCUCGUCGUGGCUACGGUGACUCCUGGGCCUCCUGGGGCGAGUCUAUCGGCUCCUCUGAGGCAUCCAAGUGGGGCCGUGGCGUGAAGCCUACCCCCGUCGCCCGCGGCUACGGUGACCAGUGGGCAUCCUGGGGCGAGUCCAUCGGCAACGCAUGGGCCUCCUGGGGUGACUCUGUCGGCAGCGAAGAGGCCUCCAUCUGGGGCCGCGACGCUAAGCCUACCCCCGUCGCUCGUGGCUACGGCGACUCCUGGGCCUCCUGGGGCGAAUCCGUCGGUGACGCCUGGGGUUCGUGGGGCGAGUCCGUUGGUUCCGAAGAGGCCUCCAUUUGGGGCCGUGCCCCCAAGCCUACCCCUGUCGCUGAGGCUGAGGCCGUCGUCGAGCGCGGCUACGGCGAUUCUUGGGCCUCCUGGGGCGAGUCCAUUGGCUCCUCCGAGGCCUCCAAGUGGGGUCGCGACGUCAAGCCUACUCCCGUCGCUCGCGGCUACGGCGACUCCUGGGCGUCCUGGGGCGAGUCCGUUGGCGACGCCUGGGGCUCCUGGGGUGAAUCCGUCGGUUCCGAAGAGGCCUCUAUCUGGGGCCGCGACGCUAAGCCUACUCCCGUUGCACGCGGGUACGGCGACUCCUGGGCCUCCUGGGGUGAAUCCAUCGGCGACGCUUGGGGUUCGUGGGGUGACUCUGUUGGCUCCGAAGAGGCCUCCAUCUGGGGUCGCGACGUGAAGCCUACCCCCGUCGCUCGCGGCUAUGGCGACUCGUGGGCAUCCUGGGGCGAAUCCAUCGGCGACGCCUGGGGCUCAUGGGGCGACUCUGUCGGCUCCGAGGAGGCUUCCAUCUGGGGCCGCGCUCCCAAGCCCACCCCCGUCCCCGAGGCUAAGCCCGUCGUCGAGCGUGGCUACGGCGACUCCUGGGCUUCCUGGGGUGAGUCGGUCGGCGACGCCUGGGGAUCCUGGGGCGAGUCCGUCGGCUCUGAGGAGGCCUCCAUCUGGGGUCGUGCUCCCAAGCCCACCCCCGUCGCAUAA